AUGCAUGCAGCAGAUCAUGUACCAAUUCUCACAGAAUUAGAUAUACCUGUACAGAAGUCCCCAGAAAAGCUAAAGAUGCAAUGGCUGGAAGCUGAUUGGGACAUCUUCCUAAAAGCAAUGGCCGCAAAUCUCCAGCCUAUAUGCCCCCUAGCUACCACUGAGGAGAUAGAUGCCACAGUUGACCACCUGAUUAAAACCAUCCAACACUCUGCAAAGAACACUGUUCCUGUAUCCAGGAUCACACCAUACAUGCGCCCAGGAUAUCUCCCAGAACUAAAGGGACUACGCAACAAUGUUAACUGCACACGAUGCUGGGCCGCUUCUGGCCAGGAGGAAGACAUCAAGGCAUUCUGUCAGGCCAAGCAUACACUGGGCCGAGAAACCGCUAAACUGAGCUGA